CACAGCCGCGGAGUCGUUGAAGGCUAAAUAAAAAUCUAACCAACCCCAUUGAGAUUGAGAGCACUCCUAUUAGCUCUUUUUACCCAAAAACCAUCCAUGAAUCCUUCUUCUCAUCAUCAUCAUCAUCAUCAUCGUCAUCGUCUUCAUCACCCUCGCCGACCUCACUCUGGAUUCCGAUUCUCUCAUCUCCGUCCCUAGUUUCACCUUCCUCCGGCGAUGAAAGCGUCUCUUCUUACCGGAGAAGCCAGAGCUUGGAGGUAUUAGGGUUUUCUUUUUCCGUGCAACGGCGGUGACGAAAUUUUCCUUGAUUUUUUACUUUCAAGAAAUUGGAUGGCGGAAGAGAAUCGUAGGGAUCGAGGUGUUUCGUCUACGGUUGCGAUUCCGUCUGGUUUGAACCGGAUCAAAACUCGGUUAGCUUCGUCAGGUCCUAGGCCUGAAGAUUUCUCCGAUAAGCCUCCGUUUAAUCGUAAUCAGAAGAGUAUUGUUCCUCGUGGACAUGGUAGAACCACUAGCUCUUCCAAACAAGGAACAAAAUUGUCAAGAUGGCUCGCUUCGUAUAAACCCAAGUAUCCUUGUCACCCUCCAAAAUAUGUUUGCUCGAGCAGUGAGGAUGCCAAGUUAAAAGUCAAGAACUCUUGUAAAGUAGAAGAGAGGAUGGUUAAGGUAUCUGAAACUGCCCUUCCCUCUUCCAAGUCAAUGGGUAUAAAGAGCUUUUCCCAUGAGUUAGGGCCAAGGGGUGGUGUUCAAACUCCUUAUCCUCGUCCGCACAGCUACAACGAUUUGAAGGAACUUCUGGGCUCACUUCACUCAAGAUUUGAUGUUGCUAAGGAGACUGUGGAUAAGAAGCUGAAUGACUUUGUCAUAGAUGUGAAAGAGGCUAUAGAGAAAAUGGAUCCAUCAUGUCCUGAAGAUCGAGAAAUGGUAGAGGAGUUACUUAACUUGGCUCGAGCCUGUAUGGAGAUGACAUCUGCCCAACUUCGUGCUACUUGUGAAUCUAUCGUCCAAGACUUGACUAGGAAAAGGAAACAGUGCCAAGCAGGACUAGUGAAGUGGUUGUUUUCUCAGUUGCUUUUUAUAUUGACUCACUGUACAAGAGUUGUGAUGUUUCAGAAGGAGACUGAGCCAAUUGAUGAGAGUUCCUUCCGUAAAUUUAAGGAAUGUUUAGAUAGAAUCCCUGCUUUGGAAACAGAUUGGGCUACUCCUAGAGUUGAUGAUUCUGGUUCUGGUAAUCCUAAAUAUCAAAGGAAUGAAGAAGGAAAAAAGUUCAAGAGACAGGACAAAGAAUCUUUGGAAUCCGAGACAGCUUUCGGUUCUGCCAUAGCAGUUGAAAAUAGCAAUAAUGCUGAUAGGGAAGGUUAUGCAGCUGCUAAACAGGUUUUUCCAUCGCAGAAACCCGAAUAUGAUAGUAAAGUGGUAGAACAAAGAUUUUAUUCAAGCGAUGAGUCUGAAGAUAAGAUGCCAAAUGAGCCUGGAAAAGAGUUAGGUGGAUCUGAUUAUGUAAUAUGCAGGAUAUGCGAGGAGGAAGUUCCUCUCUCACAUCUGGAACCGCACUCUUACAUAUGUGCGUACGCAGAUAAAUGUGAAAUAAAUUGUUUGGAUGUCGAUGAGCGCCUUUUGAAACUUGAGGAGAUACUGGAACAGAUAAUUGAUUCACGAAGUUUAAAUUCCUUCACUCAAGCUGGUGGCCUGGAAAACUCUGUUUUGCAGAAAUCUGGAGUUGCAUCUGAAGGUUGUUCUCCCAAGAUAAAUGAAUGGCGGAAUAAAGGUGUAGAGGGAAUGUUUGAGGAUCUGCAUGAGAUGGACACUGCCUUCAUAGAUGAGUCUAGCACAUAUCCUAUUAACCUGAAGAGCCAUGUAGGGGCCAAACUUUGCCAUCAUGGCACUUCAUCAUCAACAGGUAGCAUCACGUCAGUAUCUUCAACAAAUACCCCCAGAACAAGUCACUUUGACUCCUAUUGGCUAGAGCGGCAUUGUCCAGAGCAAGAGGAUCUUCAACUGAUGAUGGACCUAUCUGAUAUUGCCCGCUGUGGAGCAAGCACAGAUCUCUUGAAAGAGGGGUCCUGUGACUAUCUGAUGGCCUGCAUGCAAGACAUACAAGCUGUCUUAAAGCAAGGCAAGCUCAAAGCAGUUGUAAUAGAUACUUUUGGGGGGCAGAUCGAGAAACUUCUCUGCGAGAAAUAUAUAUAUGCUCGUGAAUUGACUGCCAAUAAAAGUUCAGCGGGUAACGUAGAAAGUGAAGAUGUCUUGGAGCAUGCAGUAGCUACUCCACACUUACUGCUGAAAGAUAGGAUAAGUAUCGAUGACUUUGAGAUUAUCAAACCAAUAAGUAGAGGUGCCUUUGGUAAAGUCUUUCUUGCACGCAAAAGAACAACAGGAGACUUUUUUGCAAUAAAGGUACUCAAAAAGCUGGAUAUGAUAAGGUGCAGAGAUAACCUCUACUUGGUAAUGGAAUAUCUUAAUGGUGGUGAUCUAUACUCUCUGCUCCAAAAAGUUGGGUGCCUUGACGAGGAAAUUGCUCGUAUUUACAUCGCGGAACUGGUUCUUGCAUUGGAGUACCUCCAUUCUCAGAAAAUUGUGCACCGUGAUUUAAAGCCUGAUAACCUGUUAAUCGCCUAUAAUGGGCACAUCAAGCUAACAGACUUUGGGCUUUCAAAGAUUGGUCUUAUAAACAACACAAUUGAUUUAUCUGGCCAUGGGUCAGAUGUAUCUCCAAGAAUAAGUUCUCAUCAUUUCCAGAAGAACCAAGAAGAAGAAAGAAUUCGGAAUUCAGCUGUUGGGACACCUGACUACUUGGCGCCAGAGAUUCUUCUUGGAACUGAACAUGGUUAUGCUUCAGAUUGGUGGUCUGUUGGAAUCGUCUUGUUCGAAUUGAUAACUGGAAUUCCACCUUUUACAGCAGCCCGCCCAGAGAUAAUAUUUGACAACAUCCUGAACGGAAAAAUGCCGUGGCCAGAUGUCCCUGGUGAAAUGUCAUAUGAAGCUCAGAAUUUGAUUAACAGGCUUCUUGUCCAUGAGCCGGAAAAGCGACUGGGGGCAAAUGGGGCGGCAGAGGUAAAGUCACAUCCCUUCUUUCGAGGAGUUGACUGGGACAAUCUUGCAUUGCAAAAGGCUGCUUUUGUACCGCAGCCUGAGAGUAUAGCGGACACAAGCUAUUUCGUAUCACGCUUCUGUGAAAACAGUUGCAGUGAUAGUGAAACUGACAACAACAGCGGGUCAUUUCCAGAUUCAGGAGACGAGUUGGAUGAAUGUACCAACCUGGAGAAGUUUGAUUCUCCACCUUAUUAUCUCUCGCUCAUUAACUUUUCUUUUAAGAAUUUGUCACAAUUGGCUUCGAUAAACCAUGAUGUGCUAUUGCAAAAGGAUCCAGCUAAAGGAGGAGGAGACUCACCCUUUAAAAGCCAUGGAACGUAGAGCUUUGCUACAACCGUCAAAUAGCAUUAGUCCGCGGUUUGGUCUGGUUUGGGUCUGCUUUGACCGUUGUAGCUGCUGCUGCUACUAUGCUGAAAUUGUUACCUUAAGGUCUUUGGGUAAUUAUUGUUCAGUUUUGUCAUAAGUUCAUUUGGAACUAUUUCAAAUGCAAAUCCCAAUAUUUAUUGCGUGGCAACACACACACACACACACACACACAUACACCUGUAUAUAAGAUUGUGUGUAUUGAGGCUAAUGGAAAUAAGAGAGAGCUUUGGUUACUGAAUUA